AUGGACACAAAUAAAGACUUUGACGACAGAUCCAAGAGCUUCGAUAUCCUGGACCUGCCCGAAUACGACUACCUGUACAAGCCCGAGGACAUGCCUUUCAGCAGUGAUUUGAGCUUCUCCAUCUCAAACGAGCCCAAGUUUUCCCCUGCAAUCCCCACCGGCGCGGGCAAGCACUUUCUGAACAGAUACGCCGGCCCAAAGGAGAGCAGCAGGCAGACGCACAUCGACGUUCGCGCCGAAAAGGAGAAGGGCCUGGACUACUUUGGCACAAGCGCUUCGCACGCAAGGCACAUGAAAGAGCCGCCUUUCAUCCCGUUUGGCCAGAGCAGGGACCUGCACCCAGAGGCACGGAUCGGCUACGACUUCCAGCCGUACGCAGGCAGCGGCGCAGAGCAGGCCGUAUACGUCAACGCGAACCAGUACCAAUGCAUAAAAAAGCGGAAGGAGAGAAGAGACUACUUGGACUCGCUAGAAAAAAAAACUAAUGCUGCAUACCAGCACGAAAGCAGACACAAGCAUGCGAUGAAGAGGCCCCGGGCGCCUUCUGGCAGAUUUCUCACAAAAGAAGAGGCAUUCUUUGAGGAGACAGCGAAGCAUACUUAA